AUGUUCUUUUCUGUAGCCCCAGCGGUUGCGAACACCAAAUCCGAUGUCUCACAUCGAUCUCUGGCAUUACCUCUGAAUGAAGAUAGCCCUGAAAUCCGCCAGAAGUAUCGACCAUUUAUUCUUGAGGACAAUGCAACUGAAGAUUGGGUCAACAACUUAGACCUAGCCACCGCAGCGGACAUGGCAGAAAAUAACCUGCGGGCUACAAACCAAAGGCUGAAAGUUCUAGUACUCUAUGGAAGUCUUCGCAAAAGGUCAUAUUCCCGACUAGUGGCAUUUGAAGCUUCCCGUAUCCUUUUUCGACUCGGCUGUGACGUCCGCGUCUUUGAUCCCGAGGGACUUCCCAUAAAAAACGACAGUGAUACCGCCCAUCCUAAAGUCCAGGAGCUGAGAGAACUCAGUUUAUGGAGCGAUGGACAUGUCUGGGUUUCGCCCGAACAGCACGGUAAUCUGACCGCUGUGUUCAAAAAUCAAAUCGAUUGGAUUCCGUUGUCUACUGGAAGUGUCCGUCCCACCCAAGGCCGGACGUUGGCAAUUACCCAGGUGUGCGGUGGAUCCCAGUCGUUCAAUGCGGUCAACUCUUUGCGUAUCCUGGGUCGGUGGAUGCGUAUGUUUACCAUUCCGAAUCAGUCUUCGAUUCCCAUGGCAUAUACACAGUUUCCGGAUGAAGGUCAACCGGGAGAUCAACAUCUGAAGCCUAGUGGCAACCGAGAUCGUCUGGUGGAUUGCAUGGAGGAGUUUGUCAAAUAUACGAUUCUGAUGCGGCCUCACAUUGAGCUUUUUGGUGACCGUUUUAGUGAGCGGGAGGAGAAGAAGAAAAAGGAGGCAAAGCUGGCUGCUGCGGCGGCUACUUGA